AUGGGCGCAGGCGCAUUCCUUGAGCCUCUCACAGUCAUUGUCCUGCUCUUCGGCGGAGCCUGGAUCAACCGAGCCACAGACUCCUCCGUGUCUGCGAGAAGUCCCCGGUGGGAUGAACCAUCGACGGUCGCUCAAGCGGUCGAGAAGGACGAAGAUCUGGAUUUAGAGGAGGCGCACCUUACACAUUCCAAAAGAUCCUUGUCGCCAUCAUUAUUGCCGUCUCAGGAGGACAAAUGGCGUAAACGAGACAUUUGCUUUCUGGGUUACCGCAAGGUGGUCGAGACACCUAACACCGCCGUCUUCCGCAAUCGAUUACUCAGCCGGGUGCUCCAUAGAUAUCCUUUCUUGGUGGAGGCAUGGUAUUGGGCUCUUAUUUACUGGGUCUACCAACUCGGUCGAGCAUUCACAGCAGUGACUUUGGUUGAAGGCACGGUGGACGUUGCCCGUCGACAUGCCCUCCAGCUCAUCCAGGUGGAGAAACGUCUCCAUAUCUUUUGGGAGAUUCCUAUCCAGAAGUUCUUCAUGUCCUACCCACGCCUCAUGAUGUACAUCAACUGGCUUUACUCCUUCAUUCACAUUCCUGGAACGAUUGCAUUUCUGGUCUGGCUGUAUUACUAUACCAUCACCAGUAACCGGCUGGCCCAGAACGGAGGCCACCUGCGCGGCACAGGUACGCCUACUGGACCAUGGCUUUAUGAAGCGCUGAGGCGCACCAUGGCAGUGUGUAACCUGCUUGCAUUCGUGGUCUUCACACUUUGGCCAUGCAUGCCACCUCGUCUGCUCAGUGACCCAGAGUAUGAGGGGCCUGACGCUAUGCUGGCCAAGAGUCAUGGGUUUGUCGACACCGUCCACGGCAAGGAAGGGGCCAGCAGUGUCUGGACACAGAACAAGUUCUGCAAUCAAUACGCUGCCAUGCCGUCUCUUCAUUUCGGUUACUCCCUCAUGAUUGGCGUGACCAUCAUGACCAUUCCUUUGGCGCCUGAAAUGCGUCGCUCCAAAUCCAUCCAUCUUCCUUUGUUCAACAACACCCAUCCGGAGUUGGCGCCGGCCAUCAAUCUACCGAGUCCUCGUCGUCUCGCUUGUCUCACCCUCGGCUUCUUGUACCCGUUCGCCAUCCUUGUCGCGAUUGUCUCUACAGCAAAUCACUUCAUCCUCGACGCCGUCGCUGGCGCAAUGGUUUGUGCGGUUGGAUGGAAGAUCAACCCAAUGUUGUUGAACCUUCUGCCUUUGGAAGACUGGUUUCUAUGGGUUGUACGGAUACAUAAACCUGUCCAAGCACCCGUUGAUGCCCAUGCAUUGGCGUCCGCCGCGAGAAGAGGAAAGAUAGAAGCCUGGAACUCGGAACGACUGGCGGUUGUGAACGAGUGA